AUGUCCACAGAAGGUCCAUUUUGGGAGAGACAUUUGGGGCACAUGGAGGAAACGGCGUAUUAUGGGAUUACCACAGUAGCUUAUUUUGUUGCUGUCAUGUUUGGAUUCGCUUAUCAGUGGGUCCUGUUAAAAUCCGAUUCCGACACUAGAAUGGCUGGAAUCAACGUUUCAAUCUUCUUCAUCGUCAUUCAGUGCGCACUGAAAGCUUACGGUGGUUUUAUUUGCGUCUUCGCGUACGCAAUUGCUGGGAUGGUUAGCUUUUACUGCCUUCCAGGAGUUGCAGAAAGGAUCAGAGACGGGCCAAGAAAAUUGAAGAAGAAAAAGACUCAAUAA